CCAGCGCCCGUGUGGAGUAUCUGAGCAGAGGCCGGUGUCAGGGCUCACUGACAGCCACAGAGAAAUGCAGACUGAUGAAGCCGAUGGUGGAGAAGAGGCGACGGGAUCGCAUCAACCAGAGCAUCGCCCAACUGAAGCAGUUACUGGGGACACAGUUACAGAAAGAACGAGCAAACUGCAAACUGGAGAAGGCGGACAUCCUGGAGAGCGCAGUCACUUACCUGCAACGCAACCCCGAGCUCGCCGCUGAUUGCCCGACGCCACACCCUCCGCGGGACUAUAAGGCCGGCUACUCCCGCUGUCUGCAGAAGACGCUGCACUUUCUGUCGUUGCCAGAGACCAGGACACCAGGCGUUCGCAACUUACUGCAGCCGUUACAGGGAGCGGGCGAGGAGCCACGUUACUGCACCGUUUGCCCUCCGCGCACCAAGUCCUGUCAGGGCUCCGUCACACACAGCUCCCAGCCCAGCGUCCGUGCUCUCUGGAGACCCUGGCAGAGCUGAGAUGUCUGUACACGGGAGUGCCUGUAAACAUAAC